GCAGGCGCGGCUGAAGGGGCCGUUCCGCGAGUCCUACCUGUGCCCCGCCCAGUCCGUGAAGCCCCAAAUCGACGCCCGGGAGCAGCUCCCGCGGGACAAACUGAACCCGCCCACGCCCAGCAUCUACCUGGAGAGCAAACGCGACGCCUUCUCGCCCGUCCUGCUGCAGUUCUGCACCGACCCCAAGAACCCCAUCACCGUCAUCCGGGGCCUGGCCGGGUCCCUGCGCCUCAACCUGGGGCUGUUCAACACCAAGACCCCG